AUGAUGGUUCACCACGGGGUGAAACACAUUUUUGGCUACCCCGGCGGCGCGAUUCUUCCAGUGUUCGAUGCGAUCUACAAAUCCAAGAACUUCGAAUUCAUCUUGCCGCGCCAUGAACAAGGAGCGGGCCAUAUGGCGCAAGGAUACUCUCGAGUGACAGGGAAGCCAGGCGUCGUUCUGGUUACGUCCGGACCGGGUGCAACAAAUCUCAUCACUCCCAUGAUGGAUGCUUUGGCGGAUGGCACGCCAAUGGUCGUCUUUUGCGGGCAGGUCAAGACCGGCUUGAUUGGAUUGGAUGCUUUCCAGGAGGCAGAUGUUCUGUCUAUCUCCCGACCGUGCACGAAAUGGAAUAUUAGCGUUCGAAGCCCGGCCGAGCUCCCGAAACGGAUAAACGAGGCCUUUGAAAUUGCGACAAGUGGGCGGCCAGGGCCAGUUUUGGUGGAGCUUCCGCAGGAUGUCACAGCCGGAAAGCUACGUGAGAAUCUUCCUCUUUCCCCAGUCUUGCCACGCCAUCGGGGGACAGCCAAGACGGCCAUCAACCAAGUGAAACAAGACCAGUUGAUGCGUGCGAUUGGCGAAGUCGCACGCCUGAUUAAUGGGGCGAGAACACCUGUCUUGUAUGUCGGCCAAGGUAUACUUGCAACACCCGACGGGCCUCGACUUCUGAAGGAACUUGCCGACAGAGCAAGUAUACCCGUAACGACCAGUCUUCAGGGUCUUGGUGCCUUUGAUGAAGAGGAUCCAAAAGCACUGCAUAUGUUGGGACUCCACGGGUCUGGGUAUGCCAAUAUGGCAAUCCAGAGGGCUGAUUUGAUUAUUGCAUUGGGCUCGAGGUUUGAUGAUCGAGUGACUGGAAACAUCCAGAAGUUUGCACCAGAAGCCAAAUUGGCUGCUGAACAGGGCCGGGGUGGGAUUGUUCAUUUUGAUAUCUCACCGAAGAACAUCAACAAGGUUGUGGAAGCAACAGUGCCUGUGGUGGGUGAUUGCGCGUCGAAUCUACGGCUUCUUCUUCCACACAUUCAAUCAGCCCAGCGACCGGACUGGCUAUCGCAAAUACAAGAAUGGAAGGAAAAAUAUCCAUUCCAAGCGUACAACCGCAGCGGCCGUAAUGAUCAGAUUCUGCCACAGAGGUUUAUUGAAAGACUUUGCGAGGCUGUAAGUCCUAUCAAAGAUCGAACCAUCAUUACCACUGGCGUCGGACAACACCAGAUGUGGGCAGCUCAACACUUCCGCUGGAGAUAUCCCCGGACAAUGGUCACAUCAGGAGGACUGGGCACAAUGGGCUAUGGACUUCCUGCCGCAAUAGGGGCGAAAGUGGCACGACCUGAUGCUCUGGUUAUUGACAUAGAUGGUGACGCAUCGUUCAAUAUGACCCUCAACGAACUGCAAACCGCUAGCCAGUUUAACAUUGGCAUCAAGGUGAUUCUGCUCAACAAUGAGGAGCAAGGCAUGGUCACGCACCUCCAAACUGUGUACUACGACAAUCGAUUUUGCCAUAGCCAUAACCAGAAUCCCGAUUUUGUCGAAGCUGCUCGGGCCAUGGGAGUGCAGGCACAGGUUUGCUCGGAAGUUUCAGAGGUAGAUGAGAAGCUGAGGUGGUUGUUGGAAAGCGAUGGCCCUGCCCUUCUGGAGGUCAAGGUAGCCCAAAAGGCUCUGUCUCUACCUAUGGUUCGAUCGGGAAGUGCUCUUGAUGAUUUCCAGUUUUACGGCGACUCAUAA